CUGCGGUGAACCCGUUGAACCCGAACAGUACAUCCUCCACAACACGGAGUGGCGGUGUGGCUCUGCGUGGACCACAGCGUGGAUCCUGCAGAGAUCAGGAGCUGUGAAAAACCUUGAGUCUGCCCAGCUGUUGUUCAGUCAGUAGCACAAGUCCUCCACCAUCCACCAUGCCUUCUCCCAUCCCCAUAACCCGCCUGCUGCCCAAAGACAUUUACCCCUCCGUGGACGUGGGGACGUGCAGCAGCCCACUGACCAAAUCCUCGGGCUCCACCUUACAGGUUCCAGCUCAGCGGCUCUACGACAAAGUGUCCGCCGUGAUCCACUGGGAGCAGCUGCGCUCCGUGCAGCCCGUGGGCUCCGGAGGGUUCGGAUCCGUCUACAAGGCGGAGUAUUUCGGGGAGACCGUUGCGCUGAAGAAAGCCAAGAAGUGCACCAAGAACAAGCUGGCCUCCUGGCAGAGCUUCUGGGCCGAACUGAACGCAGCACACCUGCGCCACGCAAACAUCGUGCGCGUCAUUGCGGCCACCACCUGCGUAGCCGAGGUUUUUGGAGACGAGAACAGCAUCGGAACGAUACUGAUGGAGUUCGUGGGGAGCAGAAACCUGCAGCAGAUCAUUUAUGAAGGCGCGGAGCUGCUGGAGGAGGACAGGAGCUUCAGGUACUCCUCAGACAUCCUGGAAGGUUUGGCUUUUCUUCACUCCCAGCGCAUCGUGCACCUGGACAUAAAACCUGCCAACGUGCUGGUGUCCAGUGAGGACGUCUGCAAAAUCGCCGACUUCGGCUGUUCUCUGAAACUGGACCAUGGACAUGAAGUGAGCUCCAGCAGCCCACGCCCGAGCCACGUCUGCGGGACGUACACGCACCGAGCCCCGGAGCUGCUGAAGGGCGAGGCGGUGUCUCCUAAAGCGGACAUCUUCUCUUUCGGCAUCACGCUGUGGCAGCUGCUGACCAGAGAGCCUCCGUACAGCGGCGACAGGCAGCACGUCCUCUACGCCGUUGUGGCGCAUAAUCUGCGGCCGUGCCUCCAGCAGCACCGGGUGUUCCGCUCAGAGAGAGGCCGGCUGUGUGGCGCUCUGCUGGGCCGCUGCUGGGACGGGGAGGCCGGCUGCAGACCCUCCGCCCCGGAGCUGCUGCCUCACCUGCAGCAGCUGCGAUCCCUGGUCUGAUCCUCAUCCCCUCUCUGAUGGGGUUCAGGAAGCUUUUAGCAUCAUUUUAUCGGGUGGUCCUCUGCAGUGCUCAUAAGUAUGGGACUGCUCAUUAGUUUGUUACACCAGAUCAGUCCAGAUGUGAACAUGAAGUGUGUCCAUAAUCAGGAUGUGCCUUUCAAAUCCGCGUUUGACUGUGAAACAUUCUUCAGUUUAAUUGUGUGUAGACUGAGCUGUGUUUUCUGAGCAGAGAGGUGCAGUCUGCAGUUUGGUGAAGUCUCCUGAAACCAGUGAGCCAGUCUACCUGAAGACUAUAAGGUGUUUGUUCUUUUCCCACUGCAGGUUGACUUGUUAGAGUUUGUGCUGCUCUCUAAUGGACACAUCCUCCUGCAGUAUGAACUAAGUUGUUUGACGUGUUAUAAUAUUGGUUAUUGUGUACAAUUUGUCACAUCCACUGUUUAUUUAUGGCUCCUGGAAGCCAACUUAUCCAAGCUUUUUAAUCUUCUGUUAAUUUGCCAAGUCAACAACAGUCAGAGUUUUAUUCAUCCUUCUUUAAACUGUGAAACAAAUUGAGUUGUAAAGGGAGUUUUAUUCCCUGCAGCUAGAUUGCACUAUGAGAUGAGGUAUGAUGAAUUUUCAUUAAAAUUAAUUUUAUAUUGUA